CUAAAAUUCUGAAACGUCAACAUGAUCGUGGUGGAACUUGCUAAUCAAAUUGUGAAUUUCCAUUGAUAUUGCUAUAUUUUGUGUCUAAAUUUGUGAAUUUUAUCAAGGAAUUACAACUUUGCAGUGGGACCCGUACAUAAGUGCAGUGUAAAUAUGUAGUUUCGUGGAAAGUGCGCUUAGGAACCAAGUUAUUUUUACUACGGUGUUGAUGUUGAUCAGUUUUUGUGAAAUAAAUCAGUAAAAUGUCGCUCCCUGGCAAUGGUAUCUUCGUGGUGCAGGGCGAGAUGGCAAUGCUCGUCACUGCCAUGCGUAGAAGUACCCGUUGGGGCUCGCAUUCUUUCCCCAACGAAGAAUAUGAUGUGCUCAUGAAAACCUUCCAAGACCUGAAGAUCAUCCUCAAUCAAGUAGACGACCUGAGGCUCCUGGACCCGGCGACGUAUUUAAGUCCGUUCCUAGAAGUCAUCAGAAGCAAAGAAACUACUGGGCCUGUGACUAGUCUAGCUCUAUCGGCUAUACACAAGUUUUUAUCCUAUGGACUAAUAGAUCCAACCCAUCCCAGCGUGCCUGCCAUAGUGGAAGACAUUUCCGAUGCAGUCACUCAUGCCCGGUUUGUGGGCACCGACCACUCAUCUGACGGAGUUGUUCUCAUGAAGAUACUGCAGGUACUCCGCACACUUAUGUUGAGCCCUGAAGGAGUGAUGCUGACCGACGAAAGUGUCUGUGAAAUUAUGCUCAGCUGUUUUCGAAUCUGCUUUGAGACAAGACUUACAGAGCUCCUCCGCCGCAACGCCGAGCAGUGUCUCCGGGACAUGACCCAGCUGAUCUUCAUGCGACUACCGCAGUUCCCGCCAGAAGAUGCCGCGUCGGCCAGCUUUGCCGCGGUCGGGCUCUCGCUGAAGAAACGCGACAAGACCGCCAAGAAGAAGAGCCUGACUGGGAUUCAUAGUACAAAUUCGUUAGAGAGGAAUUCAUCUAUGACCGAGCAAGCCAGCGCCCACGCCGACCCCGAGACAGACAACGAAAAGAAACUGGAGAAAAUGAGGCACCACCAAGACAAGAACCUGCUAAACGAAGCGGAGAUCACCAUCGAACCCGUGGACCCUCUGAAGACGCCGACUAAGAAGCACAACCGCCACUCAUCUAUGGACCUGGCCUCCCAGAACACCUCCAUCACACAACUGCUGGAGAAGUGCGUGAAUAAGGACGCCGAGCCGGAGAAGACUGAUGAAGCGGAGAAGACUGACGAGCAGAAGGAAGAGGUUGACGUGACGGAUGCUGAAGUAAUAGAGCAGGACGGCAGCACAUGUACGAAGCCGGCUGAAGCAGAGGACGCUUCAGCCGAAAAGGAGAAGCUUGAGGAGUACGUGAACCACAGAGGCAUCCGGUUCACGCCGCAGGAAGAUUCGCUCAACCUGCAGCCGUAUGGGUUGGUCUGCGUCAGGGAGCUGUUCAGGUUCCUGAUAUCACUGUGCAACCCGCUGGACAGCCAGAACACGUCUGCCAUGGUGCACUUAGGACUGUCGCUGGUGGGCACGGCGUUGGAGGUGGGCGCCGACCAGCUGGCCGCCUGCCCCUCGCUGUUCUACCUCGUGCGGGACCCGCUGUGCAGGAACCUGCUGAGCCUUCUUGGCACGGAGAGGAUAUCGAUCUUCGCGCUAGACCUGCAAGUGUCCUUCCUUCUCUUCGAAGCGCUGCGUUUCCAGCUCAAAUUCCAAAUGGAAGCGUUCUUCAAGAAGAUCAUCGAAAUUAUAUCAAUGGACACGUCCAAAGCCAUAUACGAGCUGAAAGAGAUCCAGCAUUUAGCCCUCGAGAGCUUAGCUCAGCUGUUUAGGAUACCAGGCUAUUGUACAGAGCUGUAUUUAAACUACGACUGUGACGUGUAUUGUAUGAAUGUUUUUGAAGAGCUAACGAAAUUGUUAUCGAAGAACGUCAUAUCCUCAACAGCUUACAACAUUCACUCGCUAUCACUAGAAGUGUUGUUGACUAUUAUAGACGCAAUCGAAAUGGGUACGCAGCCCAAGAUUGAGAGUAAGAGUGAGACGGAUAUAUUGAAUGUUGAGGAGGAGAAAGAGUCAAAAUAUGGGCGUGGCGGUCACGUGACAUUGGAGUUGGGAGGAAUGGAUGAUGCGUCGGUGGUGAGCGAUCACGUGACGCACGAUAUAAGCCAGUACUUCGUUCCUGGGAGAACUGGCCGUCAUAAGGCGACCACGAACCUUCCCACUGAGGCCGAGUUGGACAAUAUAAGGAAUAUGAAGAAGUGGGUGACCCAAGGCACGGAACUGUUUAACCAGAAGCCAGAGCGUGGAAUAGAAUUCUUGCAAGAGCAUGGGGUUCUAAAGACUCCUUUAGAUCCUCACGAAGUUGCAAUCUUCCUCAGAGAAAAUCCUGAUUUGGAUAAGAAAAUGAUUGGCGAGUACAUCUGCAAGCGUUCGUCUCGCGGCGAGGACGACAGCGAAAGCGGCAGCACUGUGCUAGGAGCCUUCGCAGACAGUUUCGACUACACCGGACUUCGCAUCGAUCAGGCGCUCCGCUUGUACUUGGAAACCUUCCGGCUGCCGGGAGAGGCGCCCUUGAUAUUCCUGGUCAUGGAGAAGUUCGCUGAGAGGUGGCAUUCUACAAACGGCGAGCCAUUUGCCAAUACUGACGCGGCUUUCCGCCUGGCGUACGCGGUCAUCAUGCUUAACAUGGACCAACACAAUCACAACGCGAAGAAACUGAACGUGCCCAUGACUGUUGAUGACUUUGUGAAGAACCUGCGAGGGUGCAACGGCUCGGGAGACUUCGAUCAGGCCAUGCUGGAGGCUGUUUAUUAUUCUAUCAAGAACGAAGAGAUGGUGAUGCCAGCAGAGCGAGUGGGUCCGGUUAGAGAGGCCUACCUAUGGCGGGUACUACAGAGACGCGGCCGCACCGCCGCCGCCGCGUACCGUGCGCCCGCGCCGGCCCAUCCGCACCACGCUAGAUUGUUCACUGUUGUCUGUCCCUGCGCGGUAACAGCCCUAUCAGCGGCUUUCGAGCGCGCCGCGCCGCCCUCCCCCGAGGAAAUCGAGUCCAACAACACGCGCUCAAGCGCUGCGCUACUAGCGCUGAGCGGGCUCGAGCGCUGCGCAGCGCUAGUAGCGCGGCAGCCGGCCGACGCGCUGACGGUGGACACUCUGCUGCUCACGCUGUGCAAGUUCACAGCGCUGCAGCCCGCUGUAGCCGCGCCGCAGCAGCACUACCGCGCCAUAGCGCUAGUAGCGCGGCAGCCGGCCGACGCGCUGACGGUGGACACUCUGCUGCUCACGCUGUGCAAGUUCACAGCGCUGCAGCCCGCUGUAGCCGCGCCGCAGCAGCACUACCGCGCCAUAGCGCUAGUAGCGCGGCAGCCGGCCGACGCGCUGACGGUGGACACUCUGCUGCUCACGCUGUGCAAGUUCACAGCGCUGCAGCCCGCUGUAGCCGCGCCGCAGCAGCACUACCGCGCCAUAGCGCUAGUAGCGCGGCAGCCGGCCGACGCGCUGACGGUGGACACUCUGCUGCUCACGCUGUGCAAGUUCACAGCGCUGCAGCCCGCUGUAGCCGCGCCGCAGCAGCACUACCGCGCCAUAGCGCUAGUAGCGCGGCAGCCGGCCGACGCGCUGACGGUGGACACUCUGCUGCUCACGCUGUGCAAGUUCACAGCGCUGCAGCCCGCUGUAGCCGCGCCGCAGCAGCACUACCGCGCCAUAGCGCUAGUAGCGCGGCAGCCGGCCGACGCGCUGACGGUGGACACUCUGCUGCUCACGCUGUGCAAGUUCACAGCGCUGCAGCCCGCUGUAGCCGCGCCGCAGCAGCACUACCGCGCCAUAGCGCUGAGCGGGCUCGAGCGCUGCGCAGCGCUAGUAGCGCGGCAGCCGGCCGACGCGCUGACGGUGGACACUCUGCUGCUCACGCUGUGCAAGUUCACAGCGCUGCAGCCCGCUGUAGCCGCGCCGCAGCAGCACUACCGCGCCAUAGGUGUGACGCUGGGCCAGUCCAGCAAGGCGCAGCUGGCUCUAAGACGUGCAUGCGCAGUAGCGGCAAGACACGCUGACUGCGUUCGCGAUGCCUGGAAGUACCUACUGGAUAUCGUCACCACACUGUUCGUGGGACGACUACUGCCUAAGAGCAUGGUGGAAGUGGAAGACUACCUAGCACCGAAUGGGACAGUUUCGCUUCUGAGAGAAGCCGCGAGAGGCUCGGAGGCCGGCUUGCUGUCCAGCAUUUAUUCUUACAUCGCACUGGGAGAGUCAGGGAUUCGAACUCCAACGCCCCACGAGAAGAGUCUGAUCGACAUAGCAACAGACUGCGUAGCCAAAUGCAACCUGCCCGGACUGCUGGUCACUGAAACCAAAUUUUUACAACUCGAGAGCUUACAAGAACUAGUCCGAGCCAUGGUAGUGGCUGGCACCCCGCCUGACGCCGAAAGCCUUCAGAUGAAUCCACCUUUAGAAGACGUCACCAUUUUCUACUUGGAACUGCUGGAACAAACGCUCAUACAAAACAGGGACCGCCUCCUCACAGUGUGGGACGAAGCCGGGCCGCACAUCCGGCGCGUGGUCACGUGGUCGGCCUCCCGCUGCGGCUACACUCUCACGCGCACUCUCACCGCACUCCUGCGCAGCGCCGCGCGUCUGAUGCGCUGCGACCAUUGCGCCGCGCCUGUGUUACAGCAUUUGAGGCUACUGCUGCAGCUGCCGCAUAAGCCGUUACAGCAGCACACGCCUGCGAUCUCCUGCGGUCUAUACGACAUAGUGAAGACGUCGGCUCAGAACGUACACAGCGCGGACGAAUGGCGCAUAUUGUUCGCGUUGCUAUGCGCCGCCGGUGCCGGCGCCUGGCCCGUUGGAGUGCCCGCCGAUGCUCAGAACACUACGUCGAGCCGAUCCGAAGGCUCAGAAGACGAGAGCGAGCGACGGCCUACCAGUGCGUCUUCAGAAAGCGAGCUCUCUCAAUCGCCGCAACAAGGGUGGAUUCUGGUAAAGAAUGAAGCCGCUCCCAUGGUGGAAGGCAAUCCGGGUACUGGCUGGUGGGAAGACGAGCAGAUUACGCUCCGCGGACAUCGAACAGCGGCCCUCGCACGAUGCUGCGAGGCGCUGGCCCUGGUGGUGCGCGACGUGGCGCACGUCACGCCCUACAACUGCCGCGCCGCCGUGCGCGCUGUCAGGAUCUUUGCCAGGGCGACGCUGCACGACGCCAAGAAGAGCCGCGACGGGCGCAAGCAGCGGGCCAGCUCGCGGCGGCGCGACGACUCCAGCGACGAGGAGAUCGACACUCUCGACCAGUACCACCUCAUCAGCAUACAGUUACUGGAUCUGAUGCACACUCUACACAGCAGGACUGCGCAAAUAUUCAAGUGGUGGAGGGACGAGGCCGAUCAAGGACAAAAUGCCGAAGAAUACGACUUAUGGGAAGUGGCUUGGAUGCCACUUCUACAAGGUAUUGCUGAAUUCUGCACUGACAGACGGAAACAGGUGUCCAACAGUGCCAUAGCCUACCUCCAAAGAGCGCUACUAGUGCCCGGCCUAUCGCCAGGGGCAGGCGGCGCGGGGGGCGCGGGCGGCGCGUGGGAGGCUUGCUUCCAGAGAGUCCUCUUCCCAUUGCUAGAGAGGCUACCACGGCGGGCUCACAUUGCGGCCAGGGCAAACACUAUUAUGUGCAAGGUGUUCCUCCAACACCUAUCAGCGCUGUCCCCGCGAGCCAGCUUCACGGCUCUCUGGCUGCGCGUCAUCGACGUCCAAGCGUCGUUAGUGGCGGCAGGCGCGGACGACGCGCUGACCGAAGCCGCGCUUGAGUCGCUCAAGAAUAUGAUCCUCGUCAUGGACUCUGUGCGGAUUUUCAGUAACGGAGACAAUUACAACGAGCUCUGGUAUAUCACCUGGGAGAAGAUUGGAGAGUUCCUUCCUAAUCUCAAAGAAGAACUAUUCCCUCAAGUGAAAGACAACACCACAACCAAUGUACCAGCACCACAACAGCCACUGCCAUCGAUGCCGACCCUCGUCCCAGUUCCAACCAGUACGCCUUCCACCUUAAUACCUCCCCACCCCUUACUCCCUCCGCAUAACCAAACAUCCCCUCAGCACACAUCGCCAGUGUUGGUGCCAACAUCGCCCGUGAACCUUGGCCAGUCGCCGCCAAAGUUGGCGCCAACGUUGGUCGCUCCGACCCCAGUUAGUGGAAUGGUGCCGAUACGGAAUCAACUGUACGACCAGGCCGGGCUGACGUCAUCAGUACUGUUGCAGCCGUUGAAUGAGAUGAUAUCGACACCGAUUGGGAUAUCGAUCCAAUCGCAGAUGCCGAUCCUCUACCCGCAGACUGCGCCCGAGCCUCUUCAAACCCAGAUAUCGCCCGAGCCAAUCAAAAUUGAACCCAACGCCGCCGUCACACCGCCCACAUUACUACAGCCCACCUACAUAGAAAACAUCGUUCCAGAUAAAGAUAUAAAUCAGAGCGAACUAUACGCAGAGUACUUGAUCAAUCCGUACAACGAAGCGAAAGAUUUGUCCGCUAAAGAAGCGACUUUGUACGACCCCGAGAGCCAAACGAUUGACCAGACUGUACCCGAUUCGGAACUCAGAAAUCCUUUACUAUCAAUUCUGGACAAGCAGAAGGCGUUGAGUACGAACACCACCCCUAUGCACACCAGAAAUAAGACUCAGUUUGGAUCGACAGACAACCUUAGGCCUGACUCAGGUAUUUUCAAUUUCUCUAGCUACUUUAGUUCGGUAAAUGAGCGGGGGUCGGAGGUGUUUGACACCCUGAUGUCGACUCAGGAAGGAUAGCUACCGCCCGAGUGUGAUAUAGGCACGUGGCUAUAAACUAUAGCAUAUUCAAUUAAUUAUUAUAGAAUAACAAAUUGUCAAAUUAAUGAAGUCCAGUUUUUAUCUCUUUCUAUUUACCUCUCUUUCUCCAACAUUAAUCUUUAUAUGAACUACAUUUUACAGAAUCACUGAUGAUUUCGUUCAUGAAUUUAGUUUUGAAAGUGUAUUUACUUUAUCUCUGAUACAUAAGCUUCAUAAGGCCACAAA